UGCUCAGAACAAAAACAACCACCAAAUAUCGUCGUCAGAAGUUGUCCUGUCACACCUGGUUAUGGUGCACAGAGGUUUCUCAUUGUUAAACUAAACUCGUUUCAAUUUUUGUUGAUAUUUUGAUGUUCCUUCAGUGCAGCUUCGUUGUACUGUAGUGUAUGUGUAUGUGUAUUUUGUUGUUAAACGUACAGUAAGAUUGUUAAGUACUGAGAUAACAGAGCAGUAGCGCCACCAGCAUGUUACGCAUCUUCCGCAGUUCGGUGCUCGGCGAGCGAUUUAUCCGGAAAACGUUCUCGUUCUCGGCGGUUGCGGCAAAAAAGUUCGUCAUAAAGGACCACUAUGAGUUCGAUCAGAAGGUGAUCAACAGCGAAAACCCGGUAAUCGUCAACUUCCACGCCGAGUGGUGCGAUCCGUGCAAAAUUCUAACGCCCAAAAUGGCCGAGCUGUUGGGCCCGUCGGAGGAGAUCGACCUCGCGAUAGUGGACGUGGACAACAACGCCGACCUGGUGCAGACGUUCGAGGUGAAGGCCGUCCCGGCGGUGCUGGCCUUCCGGAACGGGGUCGUGGUGGACAAAUUUAUCGGCCUCGUAGACGCGAACAUGAUCGAGAGUUUAAUUGAGAAGUUGGCCAAGAAAAAGUAGUUAGUUACCAGGGAACUCUGGGAAGAUAGAAAUAACGCACGGAACCACGAGUUGCACACGACUCUCAUGCGGUGCUGUGAUGUACAAUAAGACAAAAAAAAACAAACUUUACGUGUGAGAAACCGUUGAACCAAUUACGUACUUUGAAUAUGUUAACUUAAUGGCGAUAAAGUAACGAAUGAAUAAAGUGAAAUGCAAUUUUACUUUUAAGUGAUGAAA